GUUGCGCGUAAUACAAGUUUUCGUGUUUACGCGUAUCGGUUUGUUUCGUCUGUAAGGUACACUGGACUCCUGAGGUUCUUUGCAACUGGCUGACAUAAAAUCUAAACCUUAUGUUAGGAAAUGGACUUGGUUGCGGCCUUCAACACCGAGUUAAAAUCAUUAACAGAUUCACAACUGCCGGUUUCUAGAGCCAAAAUGGCUUCGAUAACAAGGGCCGCUAUAAAGGCUUUGAAAUAUUAUAAACAUGUGGUACAGAUUGUUGAGAAGUUUAUAGCGAAAUGUUCACCGGAAUAUAAAGUCCCUGGAUUGUAUGUAAUCGAUGCCAUUGUUAGACAAUCUCAGUACUUUUAUCGCGAGAAGGAUGUUUAUGGACCCAGAUUCCUUCGUAACCUAGUGCCUGUAUUUAUUUCUCUUAUGGAUUGCAAUGAGAAAGAUAAACCAAUGCUAAUGCGCAUGUUGUAUUUGUGGCAGAAAAGUUCUGUCUUUCCAGAUGAAGUUAUAAAGGCACUGUGCGGUGUUAUAUCGGAUCCCAAAAAUCCACAGGUUGUUGGAAAAGCUAAGGAGGUCAUCAUUGAAUCACUAAACAAUUCCUCUACGAAGCAAAUAAUCAUUGAAUCUUCAGUCCCUUCACAAGCCACAGAAAUACCCCCAACUGUAGACAACUGUGCAUCUAGAGACGAUAAUGCAGUAUCUGCUUCUGAGAUCGCUAGUGAUUGCGCCCAAAGGAACACAAGCGCUAAGGUUCAACUACUUCAACUACAAGCUUUACAAAAAAAGAUUGCUGAACAAUCAGCAUUACUUAAUCAAGAACAAACAAUUGAUCCGGAGGUGCUGACACAAAUUCAUAUUCUUAUGUCAGAACUAACUAGACGAGCAGAAGCAGCAACAGUUCAACUUGCUAAUGAACAAGCCAAUGAAGAUUUAAAUGUGAUUGAUCCAAAUUUGUUGGCACGAAUACAAUCGAUGGUUGAUACAUUGGCGCAUACUCGUGUAUUACAAAAACAACUAAAUCAAGCACGAGCUGAACGUCAUCACCAUCAACAACACUCAAGAUAUCAGCAACAACAAUCAAAUACUAUUGUCCGAUCUAUCAAUGGUGUAACAGCUGGUCAAUUGGAAGAUGAUACAAAACUAAUUCGGCCUACAGAUAACCGUGGUGGUUUAGUUAGUUCAGUUAAACUAAAAACAGACACUUGUAUUCGAAAUGAUUCAAAUAGAUUAAUACGACCUACAACACCUCCAUGUUUAUCAGAUGCUGAAGAUGAUCCUGGAAUUUUACCACAGUCAUGUGAUAGAAAACUUCACUUAACAAAAAAGAAUAAAAUUGCAAAUAGAGCUAGUUCAAAACAUUUAGACUCCAAAUUCUUAGAUGUUACUUUUCAUGAUUCCAAUGUCUGUCAGGGUUCACGUAAACAUCAUAUUUAUGAUUCGCAUCCAAUGCAUAAUUUCGAUAGAGAAACUAGUCAUGUCGAUGGAUUUUUACCAUCAGAUAACUCUUCAUUUUCCGAUCGAAAUAAUAAUAAUAUUAAUCAUAAUAAUGAUCAAGUUCAUUCAUUUCGAGAACAUACAAAUCGACUUGUUUCAGAAUAUGAAAAUUGUGAUGAUUGGAAUAUUUCAUCAAGUCAAAGAGUUCGUAAUAAAUAUAGUCGUCUCGAUUCGUACGAUGAUCGUGUUGAUCCUCCUCAUUCUCAUCAUCAUCGACAUGUUUUUCUUGAAUCACAUAAACUUGAUGUAUCCGACAAUGAACCUGAACACUCAGAUCAAUUUGUUGAUGAUUAUGCUUCAGACUCACCUAUUCUGAGUCCUGUUCGUCGACGUUUUGACGAUAGUCUGUUUCAAAAUGAUUCAGUAUCACCAACUGAAUCCGACCCAAAACAUCGUGAACGUCGUAGAAAACAUCUUGGCUUGCCUACAUUAAAACCAGAUCAUGUUGGGAUUUUAUCGCAUACAGUGUUUAUUGGUCAUUUACAUAAACAAUUAGCUGAAAGCAAACUAACAGCACUUUGUUCAGAAGUAACUGAAGGUCAAGUAAUUGAAUGUAAUUUUAUUCCACCACGUGGGUGUGCAUUUGUUACAUUUGCUACUCGAAGAGCUGCACAUCGUGCAGUGACUCACAUGGAUCAAUCUACAUUGAGUGGUCGAGAAAUUAAAGUAGCCUGGGCUCCAAAUCUCGGUAUUAAAUCAAGAGAAGAUUACGUCACUAAUUAUUGGGAUACUGAUGAAGGUUGUACUUAUUUACCGAUAGAAGAAGUUGUAAAAUUAACACGUCCCCAAUUCGAUGAUCUUUUAGCUGGUUGUGGUGAAGUUGAUGAAGAAUCUCUCACUGAUCCUCGACUUAGAGGUUUGAUCAUGAUGAACAGUAAUAAUAAUAAUGAUAGUAAAACACAAUCGAUUAGUAGUCCUAAUGUAAAGUCUGUUAAGAGGCUACAAACAACACCAACCACUCAAAAAUCUACAACAAACACCUCGACAAAUUUAUCAGUAUCAGUUUAUUCUCCUGUUGUUGUACCACCGUCUGUCCCAAUGAUAUUAACUCGUCCUAUACCGCCAAUGCAGCCGAUGGUUCCUCGGUCAGUCCCAUUAAUCCUACCUUUAGUAGCGGCAUCAGUUCCACGUAUGUCAGUCCCAACACAACCAUUAUAUUUUCAGCAGAACAAUACAACAGCUACUUCUAGAGCACCUCCACCACCACCUCCACCUCCUCCCCCACCACCUCCUCCACCGCCACCGCCUCCACCCCCUCCUCCUCCACCACCACCACCUACACAACCGUCAAUCACCCCUCCCCCUCCCUCUGCCACUAUAUCAUCCCAACCUCAUUCAACAGCCACUACAUCGGAGUGUCAGUGGAAUCCUGGAAUUAAUGCGAAUCAUCGUGUUGUAAAUCAGCAAUUAUUACAACAAAAUCGGAAGCCAGAAUUGUCAACUUCAAGUUUUGCCGGGCUUAGACCAUACAACAGACCACCAUUAUUGCCACAUACUUUUCUUCCACGUAAGUACACAUUAUUAUUAUUGUUAUUAUUACCGUAAAGGGAUCGUGGAGAUUGUUGGAUUUCUCAGUUUUAAUCUGAAUUAGAUAAAUAUGAAGAACUUGGAAAGACUGGACAGCUGUUUCGUCCUAUUUGCGAAGUUCUCAGCUAUCCUCAUCCACAUCAGUGAUCAAACGCAUAGCCUUUAGGUCUUGUGGAGAGAGCACUUAAACUUUAGACCUCUAAGUUGAUUGAGCAAUCGUAUUUCAAUAUCAUCGGUUAGGAACUAGUUGCCUCAUACUGGAUAUGAUUAAACCUCCAACAGUCCUAUACUAGGACAAAACAGCUGUCAAAUGCUUCAUGUUUUUGAAUGGCUAUCUAAAUAAGGUCAGUCUGUGAUGUUAGUAUGACAUAACAGAUCUACGUAAAUAUCUACAUACCUCUGUAGAUAGUCUAAAAGUAAAAGUGUAGUAGCUCUACUCACAAAAGAAGUAAUUGAUUUAUCAGGUGUGUACAAUGAUUGUGUAUUAAUAUUAUAUACAAUAUUCUUGGAUAUAUAGGGUGACAAAUAAUAACAUACUAAAAACAUCAAUACCUGAAAACAAGAAAAACGAAGGGGUUUCUAUUUGAUGGUGUACGGUGGCGCAACUUCGUGGAUUGGUUGAAGUUAGACAUUAACAACGUUGGAUGCCGGCUCAGUGGUCUAGUGGUUAAGUGCUCGCGCGCAAAGCCAGUAGGUCCUGGGUUUGAGCCCCGCGUGGUGCGGGAUCGUGGAUGCGCACUGCUGAGGAGUCCCAUACCAGGACGAAACGGUCGUCCAGUGCUUCCAGGUUCUUAAUGGUGGUCUAGCUUCAACUGACUCAUGAUUUCAACCUGUGAAGUUUCUAUUCGAGUUAAAAGCAAAUAAUGCAACAUCAUAUGGAGUGAUCUAUUGCGAAGAAUGUGAAAUUGUAAGAACUGAAUUAUAGUAUAGUGAAUACUAGAAGAACCUGUUGUUUGUAAGGUGUCGUUUUCCGAUGAUCUUGUAUGCCGGUGUUCUCAUUGAAGGAGAAGAUGUACAGUUAUUUUGAACAAUUAAAAAACAAACAGACAUUACCGAUAUAAAGCGUGAUAUAGGUGUGCAUUUACCCAAAUUGCCAUACCUAAUUAACAUAACGAGAUGGAUUGCAAAGAAAUUAGAAUAAUACAAUAGUAUUGAUAAUAAGAAAGAUUAAACAUUGGGAAUAUGCUUUGUAAAGAUUAAAUGGAAGGGAAGAUAAAGAGUGAAUAUUUCUGCUUCAUUGUGACUUAAAGUCUCUGACUACUGAUUGCGGUUAUCACACGGACUCCAAUCAGAUAAUCUGCGACUACAAACAUGUUUUAGACCAGCAGUUAAUGACUUCAUGAACUGAUGUCAUGUUUUUAUUUGGAUGGCGUUCACUUUCUUCCAACAUAUUUCUACAUUUACAACUAUUGUUUGUCGAUGUUGGACAUACAUAGUGCAUAUUCAACCCAUCUCAGUCAAUGUAGAUUUAUUGCCUGAUCAAUUGAUUUUCUAUCUUCAUCUGGUACUCUGCAUCUAAACCUCAACAUUGAUCACUCGAUGGUUCAAGCAUACACGAGCAGUGCUUAGAAAGCAUAUGUGAUCAAAUACUACUAACCUACGAAUAUUCUCCAUUUUUAAAGGCCAUAUUUCAGUGCACUUUGCUGUUGUACAUAUGUUUGUUGGUAGAGAUUAGAACUCACAACUCGUUGACUCGAAGUUGAAUUUCUAAACCUCGAAGCAACCGCUCCAUAGUCAAUUAGUGCUAUCACUAGCCCUCACCUUACAUAAACAAUGUAGCUAAAAGCUGAGUAUACAAAUCUUUAUAUUUUGGCAAAUGACUUACUGUGGUAUUAAAAUCAUGAGUAUAGAAGAUUUGUUACUUAUAAAAAGAAUAGAUAUGAACAACCCUUAAGUAAUUUUAGCCAAUCAUAUAAGGGAACUAUUGUUCCAUGUGCUUCUUCAAAGUAUUUUAUCAUUGAUUUUUCUGUUAUCUCCCCCACUUACCCAUCAGCUGAUCAAACUAGACCUCCAACAACAACAACAACAACAACCUUAUAUGAAUGCAGUAAAUCAACAAAAUCGAUUUCCCAACAACAUGUCAUUUCCACCAGGUCUUAACAACAAUAAUCAGUCGACAUUACCUCGUCCUAAUACAAUGCUCCCACCUCAUUCAUCUUCUUGGUCAGAUGUACGUUUUUCCGAACCAUCAAGUUCAAAUAUUCCUGCUGGUCAUUUUGUUCAAUCCAAUCAAAUUCCUCAUAUUCCAUCCAAUUCAAAUAAUAAUAAUAAUAAUACGUCUUCAUUGAAUUCUUAUGAAAUGCAAUUAACUCAAAAAACAUUUAUAUCUCCUCGUCCACCUGGUCCAUUGUUCACAUGUCAACAAUCUGGACUACGUCAACAAAUACAACAACGUUUACCAUUACCACCACCACACCACAACAACAACAACGACAUCCUCAUCAUCAAGUACAAUUGGAAUCGUCUGGAUUUCGUCCAAUGGGGUCUGGAUUACCAUUGAAUAAUUGUAGAAUACCAAUGAAUAAUGAUGGUAUUCUCGGUAGUGCUAAUCCUUCUACUGGUGUCAUCAGUGGUGGUGGUGGUGGUGGUGGUGUUAUGCAUAUGCAAUGGUCUAAUAACAACAAUAAUCAAACAACUAUGCCACCGAUAUCUUGUAAUCCUAAUGCUUUUAUGCUUAAUUCAGGACAAAUGAAAACAUUUAAUCGACCAAUGUUUCCACCUCGUGUUGUCGGCGGUGCUAUUGUCGGUCCUCCCGCCCCACCACCUCUUGGCGGCGGCGGUGGUGGUGGUGGUGGUGUUAUUGGCUUACCCUUUCGAUAUCGAAAUUUUUCUAGAGGUGGUUUUCCUGGACGAUAAUGAUAAUUUCAUGGCUCGCUUGGUUGUAAAUGUGUAUAUUUAUGUUGAAAUACUUGAUUUGCAAAGAAAGAAAAAUACUACAAUAUGUGUACAUAUCCUUUAAAUGGAGAUUAAAUAGCGGUAAUAAACCCUGAUAAAUUACAGAUGCAAAUAUGGGAUUAUACAAAGAUUUGUAAUAGUAAAUAAGAGUAGUAGUAUUAGUACUUACUUUAUUGUGACACUAUUUGUUAAUCGAUUAUAAUAAUUAGUGUUUUUAUCUACGCUUUCUUCUUGACAGAUGAGUGUACAUAUCUAUCUAUUUGUAAUGUAGAGAGAAAUAAAUGAGCACCAUUGUUUAUAUAUGUCCGUAAACUGUUUUUCUUUUUGGAAGGGGGGGAGAGGAGGGAGCACUCAUAAAAUAAAUAUGUAUUCUGUGUAGUAGUAG